AUGCCAUCUGUGACCCCAGUCAUGGUGAACGGGCUCAAUGGCAGCCAUGCCAAUGGCAACGGCAACAGUCAUGGCCCUGCCUCCGAUUCUGGGUCCGAAACAUCUGGCGACUCCAGCAAUGGCAGUGCCCGUCGUCGCAUGAAGUUGAGCCGCAAAAUGUCUAGCCCUAUGGCACCUCCUUUCAUGGUAUCGGCACCAGGAAAGGUCAUUGUUUUCGGAGAACACUCUGUUGUCCAUGGAAAGGCAGCCAUUGCCGCAGCCAUCUCACUGCGGUCAUACCUUCACGUCACCACCCUCUCCAAGUCGAAACGUACCGUCUCGCUCCGGUUCGCUGAUAUCGGUCUCGUUCAUACAUGGAAUAUUGACGAUCUGCCAUGGGACACAUUCCAACAGCCUUCCAAGAAGAAGUCAUACUACUCUCUCGUAACAGAACUCGACCCUGAUCUUGUUGCGGCCAUCCAACCACACAUCGAAGUAGUCUCACCCAACCACCCAGAGGAGAUUCGAAGAGUUCAUCAUAGCUCUGUCUCAGCUUUCCUCUACCUCUUCCUAUCGCUAGGAUCGCCAUCCUUCCCUCCAUGUCUAUACACUCUCCGAUCAACAAUACCAAUCGGUGCUGGCUUGGGCAGCAGCGCGUCAGUUUCAGUAUGCCUUUCAGCGGCUCUUCUUCUUCAACUACGGACACUAUCCGGCCCUCACCCAGAUCAACCUUCGGAAGAAGCACGACUUCAAGUCGAACGAAUCAACAGAUGGGCAUUUGUGUCAGAGAUGUGUAUUCAUGGGAACCCUUCUGGUGUGGAUAAUACGGUUGCGACACAAGGUAAAGCCGUGGUGUUUCAACGGACAGAUUACUCCAAACCACCGACGGUUCGACCUCUGUGGGAUUUCCCUGAACUGCCUCUGUUGUUGGUGGACACUCGACAAUCCAAGUCUACCGCACACGAGGUUGCCAAGGUUGCAAAGCUCAAGCAAACCCACCCCAAGCUUGUUGGCACGAUCUUGGAUGCGAUGGACAAGGUCACGGAUGCCGCUUCUGAGCUCAUUCAUGACACUUCUUUUGACAGCAAUUCGGAGGCGGACCUCAGCAAGGUGGGCGAGCUGAUGACUAUCAAUCAUGGCCUAUUAGUAUCCCUGGGUGUUUCCCAUCCACGCUUGGAACGAGUGCGAGAACUUGUCGACCAUGAGGGUAUUGGAUGGACAAAGUUGACAGGCGCUGGCGGCGGUGGAUGCUCAAUCACACUUCUACGACCUGGUGUACCCACAGAUAAGCUACAAAAGCUUGAAGAACAACUAGAGUCCGAGAAUUACGCCAAAUUCGAGACGACUCUUGGUGGUGACGGUAUUGGUGUCCUUUGGCCAGCUGUCUUGAAGAACGGUACAGAGGAAGACGACUCGGGUGGUAUGGAGAUUGAUCUUGAGAAGUUCUUGGAAGCCGAGGGCACUGAGGGUGUCGAAAAGCUCGUCGGAGUACAUGGCGAUACUGGAGAAAGAGAAGGAUGGAAGUUCUGGCGAGUUGAAAGCCAGUAA